AUUACCGGGACAGUGUAAUGGCAUUUUAUCAUCUUUUGAAUUGUUCUGAGAUGUAAUAUUCAAAUAUUUCUAAUUGGAAUUCAAAGAAUUUAUGAUGUCACAAACUGAAUGUUAUGAAAUAACCAUAAAGAACUGAGGAAGGAGAACAGCUGAUGAUAGAUGGCAUUACUAGUUGCAUAAUGGAUUAGCCAAUCAAGAUGCAGGAGGGACACAAGGGACACAGUGCAAUGUCAGUCAAGUUGAACAUGGGCAACAGGGUUCAUCUUCUUGCCAUAGUUUUGAUUCUAGUCUGUCUCAGAACAGUAAUGUCUUGUCCAGAUGCCUGUGACUGCUCAGAUGGAAUAUCAGCAAUAUGUACUAAUGCCAAUCUUGAAGCGCCACCUAGUGGACUACCACGCAAUAUUAUACAUCUCAAUCUACAUAACAACAACAUUGAGAACCUAUCAGGCAGCCUCAAUCAGUAUUCUAGCCUACGUACACUGAAUAUAAGUCGCAACCGAUUAAGCAGUAUAACAAAUCAGUCAUUCUUCGGAUUACGUCAUUUAGAAGUCUUAGAUUUGUCAAAUAACCAUAUUCAGGAAUCCGCUCUUUAUGCCAUAAAUGCUCUCCCAAAUCUACUGGAGCUCCACAUGUCCAACUGUUCAGUGAGUUCUAUCGACAACACUUGGAUGAGGACAUUCAAUAAACUUAAACUCUUGGAUUUAAGUCAUAAUCAAAUAGCCUCAAUACCGGACAGUACUUUCAGAUAUCUAACAAGCAUGAACUUUCUGGAUCUAUCCCAUAAUUACAUCACAAAUGUCACAAUGACAAGCUUUCUCGGCCUCGGACUACUAGAGCAACUCUAUAUGGAUUAUAACUCCCUGAGUGAGCUGGGCAACUAUGGGUUCACAUACCUAUAUACACUUAAGACAUUAUCUGUAACAUAUAAUCAGCUGACUAAUCUGACGUCCAAAGCCCUACAAGGCUUGAUCAGCCUCAGGAGGUUCUUUCUCCAGCAUAAUACCCUGCUAUGUCUCGAUGAUAACGUUCUCUCCCCUCUAGAGGAGCUUCAAGUCCUGGACAUUAGCCAUAAUGACAUUGACCUCUUGGAACCUGACGUCUUCAAAAUGAAUAAUAAACUUGAGGAGUUAUAUAUCAGUGCAAUGCCACGCCUUAAAGCAUUUAUACCUGGAACAUUCAAUGGUCUUGUGAACUUAGAAACACUUGAUAUAAGCAACAAUGGAAACCUCUCUGGCUUGGAGCUUGAUAUCUUCCAGCCACUCCGCGCCAUGAAAACAUUAUAUCUACAUUCCAGCAACCUCCACCAAGUUCCCCGUCACUUCUUCAGUAAUCUGACCAAACUCCAUACAUUGUCGCUACAUGGUAAUCCACUCGGGUGUAACUGUGUGAGCAAAUGGAUCAAAGACACUAUACUAGACCAGUCAUUACUGCCACGUCUGCUGGAGCCCCUUGAAUUGAAAUGUGAAACCCCUCAGCAAUUAAAGGGCUGGAAUUUUGGAGAUAUUCCCGAUAUGAAUUUCACCUGUAUUCCACCAGUGGUUGUGAGACAUACCAAACGUGGCUGGUUUAAAGUUGGGUCUACAGCCAUCUUAGAUUGUGAAACAUCGGGGGAUCCGCCUCCCUCAGUAACAUGGAUAUCACCCCGCGGGAAAGUGCUCACAUACAUGCACCACAGAAUCCAUGAAUACGUCCCUAUGGAUCAAGUACAGCAGGAUUGGUUUCAUGAAAAUCAUUACUGGCAUAAGACUGAUGAAUACCACCAUAUCACUGAUUUUGAAAACCGCAUCCAUCUACUCGACAAUGGAAGUCUAUAUAUAGACUAUGUCUUACGUAAUGAUGGUGGGGAAUAUACAUGCAUUGCUCGUAAUAUCGCAGGAAAUGACACUGCCGUAACGCUCUUAAAGCUGAAUUAUGAACGAAUGCAAACCAUCAAAAUAUGGAGUAUAAUAUUUGGAUGUGCGGCUGCUGGAGUAUUCAUGGUGCUUAGUAUUAUCAUUGGCUGUAUCCGAAUGGCUGUAGACAAGUGCAAAAGUCGCCAAAAGAAGAAACGAAAGACAAUCCGAGAAAUUGUGGACAACAUUGAUGCAUACAAGACUCUACAUUGGGAGAAAUUCCGGGAGCAUUAUAAUAUUCAGAAAUUCAGGGAUAACUAUCAUGUGCAUGUAGGGAAACUCAAGGAGCAGUUGUAUGGUCAGAUGACCCGCAUGCAGGAUCAUUAUCAUACGCAGAUCAACAAAAUCAAAGAGAACGGCUCUACUCAGAUGGAGAAACUGCGGACCAAUUACAACGAACAGUUAGGCAAAAUGAAGGACUAUAAAUCACAACAUAUGGAGAAGAUACGUGAGAAUUAUGCAGUUAAAGUCCUAAGAAUCCGAGAGUAUAGCUCGACACAAAUGGAGAAAUUACGUGAAAAUUACAGACUCCAACAGAAUCAUAUUAUGAAGAUCCUCGAGCUGAUGAACUUUGACCAGUGCAAGGGGGUCAUUGAGGCCGAGUGCAUUCGCACUGAGAGCAUGCUAUUUGACACUGAGAUGAUGCUGGAUCUGAACUCAGAGCCAGAUCAGGCCAUGUCAGUGAUCUCUAGCGAAUAUAUGACAGCUGACAACUCUCGUAGUAACUCUGAGGCAUGUCUCAAUGAGGGAUAUAAUGACAACCCCGAUGCCAGUGAUGACCUCAACGAUCAGACUGAACAUAACACAAUCGCUCUCAUAGAACCAGAGGAUUUACCACAUGAAAACACAGGAAUUCACUCAACAGACCCAGAGAUCUCUUCACGUGACAACACAGGAGGUAGCUUAAUAGACCCAGAAUGCACAGGAGGUGACAGUGAAGAGAGCCCCCUACAUUCCCCAAAUGAACCUAGCACAGUGAUCUUUCUAGGGGACAAUGGUACUCAAGCUGUCCAUAUGGUGAACGAGACCACAAUAUGACACACAUUACAUUAGAUAAUUAAGAAGGGGUCACAGAAACAACAAACAUUGAUUCUUAUGAUCCACUCCCCUAUUACAGUAUAAAAGUGGAUAAUGAACAGUGUAAAAAACAUUCAAAAUUGUUAGUUCUGGUUAUUUUGUUGGGGGAAAUGUACACAAGUUCAAACAUUUAGAAACUUGUGCAUGUUAUUCCCAAAUGAAUUGUUAUUUAGUAUUUGUAAAUAAGUUGUAUUAAACAUGUUAAAUAAGCACAUCAGAGAUAUUAUAGAACAAACGAGGGCUUUUGUUUUAAGCGUACAUUUUAACAAAAACUAUGAAUACGGCCAAAUCACAUUGCACACAACUUUCGGAUGAAUAUGUUGUAAAUAUCUCAAGAACUAAAACACCCUAGCAACCAGAAAAUACAGGUUCCCUUGCCACUGGGAAUUACAUGUACACCAGAUACAAUAACAUUUGCCUACUAAGAAGGGUGUAUUUGUAACAUUUUAAAACAUUCAUAUUUCAACUAUAUUUUUGGGGGUAAUAAACUCUAAACUUGUCAAA